AUGCAGAGGGACACUCCCACAACCCACAGCGCAUUAGUCGUCCUCCGCCUGUCCGGGAAAGCCGAAGGGCAAAUCGGGAAAUUCGCCCCCGACGAGGAACUGAGGCCCGGGUUUCCCGCGAAGCUCUCCAGCACACCGCCGUUGACCAACGGGAACGGGACCUCGCCCGAGAGCCGGUUGUUGGAGAAGUUGAGAGAAUUUGGUAAAAGCCUGCUCAGGCUAGCCGGGACUUUUCCGGUCAGGCAGUUGCUCGACAGGUCCAGCACGUUGAGGGAUUUCAGGGACGAGAGGGACUCGGGUAUUUCCGAGCUCAGCUCAUUGUUCUGCAGCAUUAGCAGAUUCAGCGAUUUCAGGCUCCCAAUCUCCCAGGGGAUUGGGCCUGAUAAGAGGUUCGCGCUUAGGUCUAUUUUAACCAGAUUAGUGGCACAAGCUAUCUCAGGUGGGAUUCUGCCCGAAAUCCGGUUCCCGUGCAUGAAAAGCUCCGACAAAUUCUUCGCGGCCCGGAUUUCCUCCGGUAUCGGGCCCGUUAACUUGGCGAAUAUUCCGGGCGGUAUCCUCCCCUCCAAAUUAUUACUGCUAACGCGAAACCGUAUGAGUGACUCGCACUCGGCGUACGAGGCCGGAAUCUCACCAGAGAGAGAAUUCUGGAGGAUAAGGAGGAACUUGAGCUUCCCCAUGCUGCAGAGCCCGUCGGGCAGCGGGCCCGACAGCUGGUUCUCUGACAAGUCCAGCCCGACCAGGCCCGAUAACCGCCCGAGCCCAGACGGGACCCGGCCCGUCAGGUAG